AGGAGUUUUGCAAACACCCCAUUCUUUCAUACGAUCUAGUUCAACCUCCAUCAACCUUUUUUCUCCUCAGCUGGGCGCUGCGUGAUUUUAAGUAAAUAACUUGCUUCUGUUACUGAGACGACGAAGUUCUGGUUUUAAUUUUUAAUUACUUGAUUAAUGUAAACAAGAUGUAUGCCCGUACAGGUCGAAGGUUAAUCGAGAAAAUUCUUAGUGGUCGAGAAAGUUUAACUUCACUUAAUAAUUCCAAUAAGCUAAUAUGGAAAUAUAGCAAUGAACACAGACUUCUUUCUAGUAAAGCACAAGCUAAAACAAAGGAAACAAAGCUGGUACAACAAAUGAAAAAUAGAAUUUCAGGUAGUGGUCCUAUUUCAGUUGCAGAAUAUAUGAAAGAAGUCAACAUUAAUCCCAUGUCAGGAUAUUAUAUGCAUCGUGAUGUGAUUGGAAGCUCAGGAACCGUAACAUCUCCUGAAUUAUCCCAGCUUUUUGGUGAUGUUAUAGCUGAAUGGUGUCUGAAUGAAUGGAUCAAAGCUGGAAAACCAAAACCUUGGUAUAUUGUUGAGAUAGGACCAAAUAGAGGUGAUUUAGCUGAUGAAUUAUUAAGAGCGUUCUCACAAAACGAUGCUGCUAAAGAUGUUGUUUCACUUCAUCUAGUUGAAGUCAGCCCACACCUGAGUCAACUUCAAGAGUUAAAAUUGUGUGGAACUGUCAGUGUAGUAAAAGAUGUUUUGGAAUUUGAUGACUCCCGUCGACAUUUGCAUCUUCAUACCAAUCAGGAUAAAGAUGAAUUGAUGUAUAAACACAACAUCACCAAGCACGGUGUUCCUGUCUCCUGGUAUAGAAAUCUGGAAGAUGUCCCAGAAGGAUUUUCUUGUAUUAUUGCAUAUGAAUUGUUUGAUGCAUUUCCUAUUCAUAAAUUACAAAAAACUAAUGAAGGUUGGAGAGAAGUUCUGAUUGACUUAGACGAUGGGCCGGGAGAACACCACCUCCGUUAUGUUCUUUCUCGUGGCCCAACCACUGCCAGUCAGUUUUUCAUCGAUCAAGAUGAGGGUCGAUCAAGUUUAGAAGUCAGUCCUGAAUCUGGAGUACUAGUACAAGAAAUAGCUGCAAGAAUUGAGAAAGAAGGAGGUUACUCUUUAUUAAUUGAUUAUGGACAUGAUGGUACUAAAACUGAUACUUUUAGAGCUUUUAGACGCCAUGCCCUUCAUGAACCUUUGAGUGAACCUGGAACUGCAGAUCUCACUGCUGAUGUAGACUUUUCAUAUUUAAAGAAAAUGGUUCAAGGCAAAGCUCUAACAUAUGGACCAGUUACACAACGGGAAUUUCUCACUAGAAUGGGAAUCAAAGCAAAAUUUGAAAAAAUCUUAGCAUCAGUUAAGCCAGAAAUGCAUAAGGAACUUAUAUCUAGUUAUGACAUGCUACUUAGUUCAGAGCAUAUGGGAGAGAAAUUCAAGUUCCUUAGUCUAUUUCCUGCAGAUAUGGCUGAUGUUCUGGAGAAGACUCCUCCUGAAGGUUUUGAUAGCAAAUAAUUUCUUCACCUUAAUUUUAUAUGCUUUCAUAGAAAAUUCUGGCACAUCUCUUUUCUAUGAAUUAUUGAAAGCUGUAGAUGCUAUUCUUUGUUUUUGUUAUAUUGUAGAUUUUGUAUGCUUACUGAAAUGUAUAGUUUUCAAACAUUUGAAUUGUAAAUAAAUUUCUAGUUUCAAUUAUAA